UCCUGCUAUAGCUGUCUAGCUGUCACCUCAACAACACAGCAACAACUUGGUUCUACAGUGUUACACCUGAGAAGCGCAGCGAAUAACAGAUACUAUGGAACUCUCUGAUGCUCUGUGUGGUUGUCCGUCCUCUGGUUCUACCCCCCAGGGAAGCAACAGCAUCGGGCCCAGUCAGAACCAACCAGGGGGUCCUGCCUGGCCGACACAGCCCGGCCAACAGCCCACCCAUCCCCCAUCCUGCUGGCCAGGGCAACCCAACACCCCCUGCUGGCCUGGGCCACAACCAUCCCAACCAGACCCAGCCUCAGCCCAAAACUGGCCUGGUCCCCAACCACAACCACCCCAACCAGCCCCAUCCCAUCCCUGCCAGUCAUGCUGGCCUGGACCUCCCCAAUUCCAGCCCCAGCCUUCCCAACCCCAGCCCCAGCCUCAACCUGCACUCCAGCCUUCUCAACCUCUAGCCCCAGCCCCUGCCCCCCAAGUCCCCAGCCAGCCUAGUGCCCCAAGGUGGCCGGUUACCCAAGGCCUUAACCCAGGCAUUAACCCAGGGUCUGGAUGGCCUUUCAGCCCUGGUAAGUCUGGUUGGCCUGGUCAGAACCCAGGCCUUAACCCAGGCGGAUCUGGAUGGCCAUUCAGCCCUGGUCAGGAUCCAGGUAGCCAGUCUGGUUGGCCUGGUCAGAACCCAGGUGGCUUCACACCUGCUCCACAGUGGACUCCAACACCAGCUGGACAUCUGAAUGUGCCCCACAACCUGAACCUACAAAGAGGCAUCUACGACAAGAUGAUGAUGACCAUCAUGGGCCAGGUCAAACCAAAUGCUAAGCAGUUCACUGUCAACUUCCUGCGAGGUAAUGACAUCGCCUUCCACCUCAACCCUCGAUUCAGCGACGGGGGCAAGCAGGCAGUGGUGAGGAACACCAAGGUGGGAGAGUGCUGGGGCAAGGAGGAGAGGCACACACAGGGAGGCUUCCCCUUCAUGGCUGGACAGUCCUUCGAGAUGAAGAUUCUGAUUACGUUUGAGGAGUUUAAGGUGGCUGUAAACGGAGCUCAGCUGUUUGAGUUUAAACACCGCGUCAGAGAACUCAACCAGAUCGAUCGCGUCAACAUCCUCCAUGAUGUCAUCCUCACCUACGUCAACGUAGACACGAUACCAUACAUGACUCAAGAGGAAUAUACUAUGGAACUCUCUGACGCUCUGUGUGGCUGUCCAUCCUCUGGUUCUACCCCCCAGGGAAGCAAUGGUAUCUGGCCCAGUCAGAAGCAACCAGGGGGUCCUGUCUGGCCGACACAGCCCGGCCAACAGCCCACCCAACCCCAGGCCAUGCCCUGCUUUCCUGGGCAGCCCAGCACCCCCUGCUGGCCUGGUCCACAACCAUCCCAACCAGCCCCAGCUCCGGCUCAACCUCAGCCAAUGCCUUGUUUUCCUGGGCAGCCCAACACCCCCUGCUGGCCUGGGCAACAGCCAUCCCAACCAGCCCCAGCUCAAAACUGGCCUGGGCCACAGCCAUCACAACCAGUCCCAGCUCCAACCCAAAACUGGAACUGGCCUGGUCCGCAACCAUCCCAACCAGCCCCAGCUCCAUCCCAAAACUGGCCUGGUCCCCAACCACAACCACCCCAACCAGCCCAUCCCUGCCAGCCAUGCUGGCCUGGACCCCACCCCCAGCCUCAGACUGCACCCCAGCAUUUUCAACCUCAAGGCCCAGCUCUGAUUCAAGCCCAGGCCCAGGGCCCCAGCCAGCCUAGUGUCCCAGGGUGGCCAGUCCCAGGCCUUGACCCAGGGUCUGGAUGGCCAUUAGGCCCUGGUCAGGAUCCAAGUGGCUUCACACCUGCUCCACAGUGGAAUCCGACACCAGCUGUACUGAAUGUGCCCUACAACCUGAACCUGCAAAGAGGCAUCUACGACAAGAUGAUGAUCACCAUCAUGGGCCAGGUCAAACCAAAUGCUAAGCAGUUCACAGUCAACUUUCUACGAGGUAACGACAUCGCCUUCCACCUCAACUCUCGGUUCAAUGAGGGGGGCAAGCAGGCAGUGGUGAGGAACACCAAGGUGGGAGAGCACUGGGGGAAGGAGGAGAGGCACACACGAGGAAGCUUCCCCUUCAUGGCAGGACAGUCCUUCGAGAUGAAGAUUCUGGUUACAUCUGGGGAGUUUAAGGUGGCUGUGAACGGAGCUCAGCUGUUUGAGUUUAAACACCGCGUCAAAGAACUCAACCAGAUCGAUCGCAUCAACAUCCUCUAUGAUGUCAUCCUCACCUCCAUCAACGUAGACACAAUACCAUGACAUCACUAUAUAGUAUAUAACACCCAGCAUAGGCUACAUGCAUAACAUGGCAUCAAUCUGCAUUUGCACCUGUUUUAUGAUGAUGAUGAUGAGCUGUACACUUAAUACCACAUUAAUUCCCACUAACUCUACAAACAACCACUCCAUGUGCGAAUGUGUGUAAUGUUAUGAAGGCCUAAGAAUUCAACAAUGCCAUUUAAUUGUAAUUCUUAUAUUUGCUAUAACUAUUUUCUGUUGAAUGUCUAUGUAAGUAAACAUACUUUAUGCCUAUGAACUGACUAAAGAUAUCAGUAGUUACAGUGCAUUACACUAAUUCAAUGAACGUCUCUAUAUGAGAGGAUUCAGCAUCCUCCAGGGGUAGUUUUUAGAAUCUAACCAGCUGGGUUAACUUUUGCCACUGUAAAUAAGAAAAUAAGUUGGUAGAGCAUGGCGCUUGCAAUGCCAGGGUUGUGGGUUCAAUUCCCACUGGGGAACAGUAUGGU